AUGGUGUCUUCUAAGAGAAGGGGCGUGGAGGUAUGGCAUCUGUUUCUGCUGCUUCUGCUCUUAGCUGUAGGCGAGGCCGGGAGCGGCCAGGUCCGCUACUCAGUCCCUGAGGAGGCCAAACACGGCACUUUCGUGGGCCGCAUCACCCAGGACCUGGGACUGGAGCUGGCGGAGCUGGUGCCGCGCUUGUUCCGGGUGGCAUCCAAAGGCCGCAGGGACCUUCUGGAAGUAAAUCUGCAGAAUGGCAUUUUGUUCGUGAAUUCUCGGAUCGACCGGGAGGAGCUGUGCGGGCGGAGCGCGGAGUGCAGCAUCCACCUGGAGGUGAUCGUGGACCGGCCGCUGCAGGUGUUCCACGUGGAGGUGGAGGUGAAGGACAUUAACGACAACCCGCCAGCAUUUCCAGUGGCGGUAAAGACUAUCCGUUUUCCCGAAUCGAGACUGCUUGACUCACGGUUUCCUCUAGAGGGGGCAUUUGAUGCAGAUAUCGGAGUAAAUGCUCUUCUCACCUACAAGCUCAGCUCCAGUGAGUUUUUCUUUCUAGAUGUACAGACAAAUGAUGAACUAAGUCAGUCUUUGUCUCUUGUGCUGAGGAAAUCUCUGGACAGAGAGGAAACUGCUGAAAUUAAUUUGUUACUCGUGGCUACUGAUGGGGGCAAACCUGAGCUCACGGGCACCGUUCAGUUGCUUAUUAAGGUAUUAGAUGUGAAUGACAACGAACCUACUUUUGACCAAUCAGUUUACAAAAUACAGCUGUUAGAGAACGUAGCAAACGGAACCUUGGUGAUUAAAUUAAAUUCUUCUGAUGCAGAUGAAGGAUCAAACAGUGAGAUUAUGUAUUCAUUUAGUAGUGAUGUGUCCCCCAAUAUAAAGACCAAGUUCAAUAUAGAUCCCAGCUCAGGGGAAAUCAGAACUAAGGGACAAUUAGAUUAUGAAGACGUGAAAUUCUAUGAGAUUCAAGUUAUUGCGUAUGACAACGGUAAUCCGUCAAUGUCUGGGCACUGUAAAAUUUCAGUAAAACUUGUGGACAUCAAUGAUAACUCACCAGAAGUCUCAAUCACGUCUCUUUCACUUCCUAUUCGAGAGGAUGCUCCACUGGGCACUGUCAUUGCUCUCAUCACGGUGGCCGACCGUGACUAUGGUGCCAAUGGACAGGUGACUUGUACCCUAUCGCCCCACGUCCCAUUCAGGCUGGUGUCCACCUUCAGGAACUACUAUUCACUCGUUUUGGACAGCACCUUGGAUCGCGAGAAAGUGUCGGUCUAUAAAUUGGCGGUGACCGCUCAAGACGGGGGGUCGCCUUCCUUGUCCACCACAGCCAGCGUGUCCGUGGAGGUGGCCGACGUGAACGACAACGCGCCCGCGUUCGCGCAGCCCGAGUACACCGUGUUCGUGAAGGAGAACAACCCGCCCGGCUGCCACAUCUUUACCGUGUCGGCGCGAGACGCGGACGCGCAGGAGAACGCGCUGGUGUCCUACUCGCUGGUGGAGCGGCGGGUGGGCGAGCGCGCGCUGUCGAGCUACGUGUCGGUGCACGCGGAGAGCGGCAAGGUGUACGCGCUGCAGCCGCUGGACCACGAGGAGCUGGAGCUGCUGCAGUUCCAGGCUCCCAAGGCCUCUUCGCGGGCGUUGUCUGGUGCAGCUGGCGCAGAGACGGCGUUAGUGGAUGUGAACGUGUACCUGAUCGUCGCCAUCUGCGCGGUGUCCAGCCUGUUGGUGCUCACGCUGCUGCUGUACACGGCGCUGCGGUGCUCGGCGCCGCCCAGCGAGGGCGCGUGUGGGCCGGGGAAGCCCAGGCUGGUGUGCUCCAGCGCGGUGGGGAGCUGGUCUUACUCGCAGGAGAGGCAGCAGAGGGUGUGCUCUGGGGAGGGGCCGCCCAAGACCGACCUCAUGGCCUUCAGCCCCAGCCUACCAGCCUGUCCAGUAGUGAUGGAUAUGGGCGAGCAUCAGGAUUUAAAGGAUGAUGGUCUUUCCAAAAUGUACUCAAUUCUAGGCGACUUGGGGAACAGACAUCUAUUGCUAUUUUUUAUAAGUCUCUCGAUCUGGAUGACAGCAAGCGGCCAGGUCCGCUACUCUGUCCUGGAGGAGGCCAAACACGGCACCUUCGUGGGCCGCAUCGCCCAGGACCUGGGACUGGAGCUGGAGGAGCUGGUGCCGCGCCUGUUCCGGGUGGCGUCCAAAGACCUUGGGGACCUUCUGGAGGUGAUCGUGGACCGGCCGCUGCAGGUGUUCCACGUGGAGGUGGAGGUGAAGGACAUUAACGACAACCCGCCUGUGUUCCAGGGGACACAAAAGAAUCUGUUUAUCGCUGAAUCCAGGCCGCUUGACUCUCGGUUUCCACUAGAGGGCGCCUCCGACGCAGAUAUCGGGGAGAACGCUCUGUUGACUUACAGGCUGAGCUCCAGUGAGUAUUUCUCUCUGGACGUACCAACCACCGACCAACAGGUAAAACCUCUCAGUCUUGUGUUACGCAAACCUUUAGACAGGGAAGAAUCUCCGGAACUUCAUUUAGUGCUCACGGCCACUGACAGAGGCAAACCUGAGCUGACUGGCACCGUUCAGUUACUCAUCCACGUGCUAGACGUCAAUGACAACGCUCCAGUUUUUGAUAGAACACUCUAUGCUGUGAAAUUAGCAGAAAACGUCCCUAAUGGGACGCUGGUAAUUAAACUUAACGCCUCAGAUUUAGACGAAGGCUUGAAUGCGGAUAUUAUUUAUUCAUUCUCUAGUGACGCUUCUCCUGAUGUAAAAUUUAAAUUCUACAUAGACCCUGUAAGUGGGGAAAUUACAGUUACAGAACACAUCGAUUUUGAAGAAAGAAAAACCUACAAAAUCCGAGUAGAGGCGACUGAUAAAGGCUACCCACCCUUGGCUGGUCACUGUACAGUUCUUGUGGAAGUUUUGGAUGUUAAUGACAAUCCUCCAGUGUUGACUGUCACUUCCCUGUCCCUUCCUAUCUCAGAGAAUGCUCAGCCAGGCACAGUCAUAACCUUGAUUAACGUGUCUGACCGAGAUUCUGGAGCAAAUGGACAGGUGACCUGUUCUCUGACGCCUCAUGUCCCCUUCAAGCUAGUGUCCACCUUCAAGAAUUACUAUUCGCUGGUCCUAGACAGUGCCUUGGAUCGUGAGAGCGUGGCGAACUAUGAGGUGGUGCUGCAGCCGGCGGCGGGUGGCGCGCGGAGCCCGUUCCGCGUGGGGCUGUACACCGGCGAGAUCAGCACGACGCGCGCCCUGGACGAGGCGGACGCGCCGCGCCAGCGCCUGCUGGUGCUGGAGAGGCGGCAGAGGGUGUGCUCUGGGGAGGGGCCCCCCAAGACGGACCUCAUGGCCUUCAGCCCCAGUCUACCUCCCCUACCUCCCGGUCUGGAUAGAGAAGUCGAAGAAGAGAGGAAGGAGGUAGGAUCAAAUCAUUCUGGUCUGUCACAUGAUGUCGCUGUAUACUCAAAAGGUGAAAAGGGAAAACUGUCUCCAAGUCCAGAUUCCAACAAUCCACAGAAUAGGAUAGACUCCAUAUUGACCGGAAAGCUGGGUAAAAUUUACUGA